AAAAUCAGCAUCGCAGCGGCCCACUCGUGGCCGACGAGCCAGGCCGUCCGCAGCCGGCGGCGGACGUGCCGGUGCCGUUAAUGGCAGAAUGUUCACCAGGAUGCCGCCCUUCAAGCAGUGGGUGACUGGGCAGGGGCAGCAGCUUUUUGGAGAGCCUCCGAAGGGGCAUGGGCCGCAUUGGAUUGCCCUUCCCACUCAACCCGUAUUUCAGGCCUCCUCCACCAGUAUCGCAGAGCAUUCGUGAUCGAAUGUGGUCGCUGCACAGUGCAGACCCGAAGAAGAACUCGAUUCGCGUGCUGUCGGGUACCUUUGGGCUGACGAUGGAGAGGACUUUGGCUAUCCUGAGACUCAAGGCGCUGGAGGGUGAAAUGCAACAGCAGCGCGUACCCCUCCAAACCGAGUUUCAGUCAGAAAUGGAACGCCUGCUUGGGUCUCCAACUUCUCUACCCUCCUCGCCUCUUCCCCGCACGGGCAUUACCCCACCUCCUCCGCCUCCAGCAACAGCGCAUGAUCCGCACCCCGCCGACUCCAAGACGAAGCCGUCGGCAACUUCCCUUGGCCGCAUAGUGGAGAUUGACGAGCGGACAAAGAAGCAGCUAGAUGAAGAAGCGGCUGCUGCGGGGGCUGACUCUGCUUCGAAGAUGGAUGAGAGCCCCUUGACCAAAGCACUGGAGGAGGAACGUGCAGUCCAGAGAGAGCGCAGAGCUUCCGUUCCCGUAGGAGGGCCGGCUCCCUCCCAGCUGCGGGAUGCGACUGCAGCGCGAGCCCUGCGGGAGCGCGAAUUUGAGCGCAAGGGCUCAGGCUCUAUCCCUCCUUCCAAGGGUGGAGCUCGCGUCAGUAGCGUAGCCGGAAGGGCGGGCUUCUCAGUUCUAGACUUGGCGAGAGCGCCUGCGAGCAAGAAGGACGCCACGGCGGGCAAGGGGCAGAUGGAGAGCUACAAGGGCGCAGGGACUCUGGAGCGUAAUCUGAAGAAGAGGGAGAAGAGGGCAAAGAGGAAGGAGGCGAAAAGGGGAGGGGAGGAGGUUCAGACUGCGAAGACGGCUGGGGUGCAGUAGAUCUGAAGAAGCGGGGCCGGCAUGAGAAGGGUCGGAUAGCAGACGUCAAUCAGCAUGUCUUAAGA